UUUUUUUUUUCUAUCUCUUUUUCCUUUUUCUUUUAUAUACUCUUGCAUAUGUAUAUAUACAAUCAUAUACAUAUAUCUUGUUUACUUGACUCUAUUUAGAAACAAUGACUACAACUGGUGCUUCGUUUUUUGAUUCUUUUAUUCCUCCCACCAAGGAAUCCAUACCUCCCUUUCAGCAUCAUAAUAUGUCCUCGCAAGAGUCAACUACUACUUCACCUACAUCGGCUUUAUUUGAUUAUUCUCAUCAUGAUGACCCACAACAAGAAAGUUUUCCUGAUACUCCCGUACCUACUUUGAAAGAACUCAAAACUAUUACCCACUUUUCAGUAUAUGAAGAAUACUUACCAGAAUGGCAAAUGCUUAGUGAAUCCUAUAAAAGUCAAAAACAAGAACUUCAUCAACGGAUUACACAGCAAUUACAUAGUUUACAAGAAUUAGAAGAUCGAUUUGAAAAGAUGAGUAUGGAUUUUCAUCGAAAGGUAGAAUCAGCUUAUAAGAACUUAUCACAAGAACUGGUUGAAUGGCAAGAUGAAUUGGAAUUGGAAAAGAAAUCGUCUGAUCGUGAAAAGGAAAUGAUGCGACACGUUAGAAAAGCUCAAGAAGAAAAGAUCAAACUUAAUGUAGGUGGUCAACUCUUUGAAACUUCUUUAUCUACUUUAAGACGUGAUCCCAAUUCAACACUUGCAGCCAUGUUUAAUGGUCAUAGUAACAUUACUCCUGAUGAAACGGAUGGAUCUUAUUUUAUUGAUCGAGAUAGUACCUAUUUUAGAUUGGUGUUGAAUUAUCUUCGAGAUCUUCGGGUACCUUCGAGUAUACGAGAAGAUCCGAAAGUGAUGGAUGAAUUGAUGCAAGAAGCCCGCCAUUAUCAAAUCAAUGGCCUAUUAAAAUUGGGGAUGACGGAAGAUACCACGCGAUUAUUCCUAUAUUAAAACUCUCUUAUGAUCACUACUUUUCUCUAUUUUUUUUUUAUUACUCUAUUACUUAGUUUUAUUAUUAUUAUUAUUAUUACCCAUUUUUCUAUUUUAUGUAUAUCCAUAUUUAUAAUUAUACCAAAUCAAAAUAAAACACAUUGAUCU